AGUCCGGCUGCCUUUGGAAGAAUUUGCAGGCAGGGAGACCGGGCUUUGGGUCCAAAAUGGUUGUCCGAUGAGCCAAUGACUGUCUUCAUAAUUCUACUCAGCGUUGUGCCACGUCGAGGGGUGCAGGCUGCUGAAAUAACUCCUGCAGAAUAACUGUCUGUUGUGAGCAUGUGUAUAGAAACAAAGAGGACAUGUGGACUAAAGGCUGAGGCUUCUGGCUUCUAAACCCUUUCUGCAGAGGUCAAUUAGAUUGCAAUCAUCUCUAAAAAGAUGACCUCUGCCACACCGCCCUGCUCCCGCAGCUCCUCCCCCCACAAAGUUUGCCACUCGCAGACGCAGACGGACGUUCUGAAACCAUUACUUGGUGGCGUUUUAUCCGGCGGGAGUGGGACUCUGCGGAAAAGAAGGCGCGUCUUGUCCAAAGAUGGGCAUAGCAACGUGCGCAUCGAGCAUGUUAGAGGCAGGAGUGCGCUCUACAUGCGUGACCUGUGGACGACCUUUCUGGAAAUGCAGUGGCGCUACAAGUUCUUUCUAUUCACAGCCACAUUUGCAGGAACAUGGUUCCUGUUUGGUGUGCUGUGGUACUUACUGGCACUGGUGCAUGGAGACCUGCUAGAGUUUGACCCUCCAUCGAACCACACACCCUGUGUGAUGCAGGUACAGACUCUCACAGGAGCUUUCCUCUUCUCCCUGGAAUCCCAAACAACCAUUGGUUAUGGUUUCCGCUGCAUCACUGAGGAAUGCCCAAUUGCUAUAAUCCUGCUGAUAGUGCAGCUUGUCAUCACCAUGCUUAUGGAGAUCUUCAUCACUGGCACCUUUUUGGCCAAGGUGGCGCGACCAAAGAAGCGAGGUGGAACAGUGAAGUUCAGCCAGCAUGCGGUGGUGUCCACUCUUGAGGGUCAACCCUGCCUGAUGAUCAGAGUGGCAAACAUGCGCAAGAGCCUUCUGCUCGGGUGUCAGGUAACUGGCAAACUGCUCCAGACUUCACUGACGAAGGAAGGAGAGACGGUUCGUCUGGAUCAGAGGAACGUGCCCUUCCAAGUGGACACUUCCAGCGACAGCCCCUUCCUCAUCCUGCCCCUGACCUUUUGCCACAUCAUCGAUGACAACAGCCCUCUGCGAGCUUGGGCUGCCAAGGGUGGUGGCUGGACAGAUCCAGAACUGGCCGACUUUGAGCUCCUAGUGAUAAUGAGUGCGACAGUAGAGCCGACCUCGGCCACCUGCCAGGUUCGUACCUCCUACUUGCCGGAUGAAAUCCUCUGGGGCUACGAGUUCCCCCCCGUAGUCUCUCUGUCCCCAUCAGGCAAAUACGUGGCAGACUUUUCCUUCUUUGACAAAGUCGCCAAGACCAAGACCAGCCCUAUCCUCACACCGUCUGGCCUCCAGAGUAACGGGGGCGGGCUGGUGUCUGAGGUGUUGGAUCCUGACAAGAUUCGCCUGGAGCAGAGCUACAGGGAGCAGCGAGGCGAGGAGCGUGGCCGGGGCAGGGACGGUUCUCUCAGUGUUCGUGUCAGCAACGUGUGAAGAGAAAAACUGUCAAGGAAGGCAACGUGAGAUUACCAUCAACAGAACAUCCUUGAAACAAUAUUUCAAAAUAGACUGGAAGACCAAACUUGGAUGGAAAGGAUUUAAGGGAAUAAUUCUUCUGGAAUAAUUCAUGCUUUACACUGGUUUGACUGGAAUCUCAUGGUGAUAACAUCCAACUUAACUGCAGGAAGUAUUUACAUCUAAACAUGCUUAUUCAUUUCUCAUGUAGUAUGAGCCCUUUACCUAAAACAAAUUGAGAGAAAGCAUGUACUAAACCAGGGGUGGGCAAACCUUUGGACUCGUAGGCCACAAAGGGUUACAAACUUUGACAGAAGGGUCGGAGCAGGAUCAGAGUGUUUUAGGGACCCAGCUCAUAAGAGAAAAAAAUCACAUGAAAUCUGGACAGCAGCCAUGCUUUAAUUUGGACUCAAAAUUGAUAUAAAAACAAAACCGGCUGGAGUUUUUAUUUCAAAUGUGUGGCUUUUUGUUUUCAUUUUAGCACCAGUUGCACCAAUGGGUGCAACAAUGGGUGCAACUGGUCCCUCAGGGAAAAACGCAAACCUAGGCUGCGUCUUUCACUACUCAAUUCUUAGUGCUCUAUAUGGUGUCUUCGCCAUUUUGUAGUGCUGUCCAAAUGAACAUUUCCAAAAUCCAGUGUCCUAGAAAUGUCUCGGAGGUCUCUGUAGAAACCAGUGUGCAUCAAUGCUCACUAGAUUAGUAAUUAUAGACCGCAGUGAGUUUGAAUGAUAUAUCAUGUGAAUAAACCAUCCAAGUUUUCAUCUUUAGAACACAGUAGUCUUUAUAAAAUGUUUAUAUUUAUUAGGUUAUUAGGGUUUUUGAAGUCAGCAAUACAUAGUCCCACACUAUAUCAUUUUUAGAUGGUAGGGAGGGAAUUCGGACAUAACCUUAGAGAAAUGCUGCGUUCAUGGGAUGUUGGGAAGAUUGGAAACAUGUCUUUCAGACUGGGAAAACACACAUAAAUGCAAAAUAACUUUCUGCACCUAAGCAAAGGUCAAUUUAACUGUAGUGCAGCACCUAUGAGGAGACACCAGAAUUACACGGAAAAUAAAACAUUAAUAUGGAUUAUCAAUUUCAUUUAUUCCAGUUUUAUUAAGAGCCCACCCCUGCACUAAAACAAACCUACAAACAAAGCAGUGUGUGGAAAAUAACCAGUUUUAGGCCUUUAUGUUCAUGUUCCAUUGGGCUACAUAUAAAAACUGCAAAGAACAAAUUUAAUUAGUUCAUCAAAUUUUCCAAAAUCUCUAAGUUGUAGGAAAAUACAGGGUGGUUUGGAGAUGCAAAUGAGAUGAAGGGAAACUCCCCCCACUUUUAGAGUAGAAAUUUAUGUCUGAAUGAAAUAAAACCCAAAAGAAAACGAUAUUUAUCAAGACCAACUCCAUUCAUGGCGUUGCAAACAGGCAGGCAGUUCUGCUCAAGUUACUGUCAAAAACACACACACUUGCUCUUAUGUUAGUAUUACAUUUCCUGUUGAAGCUCUUCAAUAAGAAUAUAUUCACUGAAGUGGUCCUCUUUAUGUUAUGUAUGGCAGCAACUUUUUUGCACUUUAAAGUAGGUGAGUAACACUGUAAAUGUGCACCUUUAGGAGGUUAGUUGACUUUUUAUAUAAAAUUGUUUUCAUUUGAAGUUAGUGAAUGAAAACUUGCAAUAACAGAACUACAUUUCAUGAAGCCAAUAUUUGCCUCUUCUGUGUCUCGGUGGCUUUGCUGAAAUCCUUUCACUCUUUCUAAAUGAGUUGGUGUAGAAAACUGUCAGAGAUGCAGAUUGUAAUUAAACACAAAUCUAGGAGCAAUCAGAUUUGAGUAACUAACACAAAAAGUAGCACUAAAUGGCCUAAAGUCAAGCCCACUGAUGGAAGUGAUCAAGAACAGAAAUAAUAGAUCUGUGAGAAUGUGACAGCAAAACUUUGAUGAUUAGAAAUGGCGAAUGAAACCAGACAGACCGUGGUUGAUGACAGAUGCAGUAGAAACUGCACCUAUCUUUGAAGUCUACUUGUUUAACAGAAACCUCUGGGCUUACCUUUGUGAUCACUUUGCAAAUGUUGAGCUCAUCUAAGAUUAUUCUGUAGGGCAUGAAAUAAUAAAGCUGAUUUACAUGUAAAA